AUGCUGUUUGUGGCAGCAUGGAUGCUAAUAGGUCUUGCACACAAGUGUCAAGCAGACGUGAUCAUUAUUUCAACACUCAACAAUAAAACUUUUACAGCUGUUGGGGAUCUUCCCGCAUUGUUUGGACCACCGAUUCCUCUAACAGGCUUUAAAGGCUAUGCACAAUAUGUGAUGCCUCCUGAUGCAUGUACGAAGCUGCACCCACCGCCUAAGUUAAAGAAUAUUACUGGACCAUGGAUUGGCAUUGUGAAGAGGUACAAUUGUGCUUUCGUUGAGAAAGUACUAAAUGCUCAGAUUGCUGGCUAUGAUGCUGUUAUUGUUCACAAUGUUGGUUCAAAUUCUAUACAACCCAUGGGUUCUGACAAUCAAAGUUUAUCAGAGAAAGUCAGCAUACCAUCAGUCUUCAUUGGCCAAGAAGAUGCAUUUAUGAUUAUCGAAAAUUUCCUUUAUGAUAAAGGGUAUAUCCUGGAGAUUACUGAUGACCUUCCAUUCAAUCUUCAAAACUACUUGGUACCCUUUGCUAUCACCAUAGGCAUCUGCUUCAUUGUCAUGCUCACAUUUAUGGUUGUAAAAUGUGUCCGUGAUUACCGUCGUUCUCGUCGCCAUCGUCUGUCAUCUAGAUCACUUAAGAAACUGCCUGUUCAUAAAUUCAAGAAGGGUGACCCCUAUGAAUGCUGCGCCAUUUGCUUAGAGGACUACGUAGAUAAUGAUAAACUUCGUAUACUGCCAUGUGAACAUGCCUACCAUACGAAGUGCAUUGAUCCAUGGUUGACAAAAAAUCGUCGUGUGUGUCCUGUUUGUAAACGAAAAGUCUUCACGGGGGACGAGAGACCCUCAGAUCUGGAAACAGAUUCGGAGGAUGAGAACAGCCCUCUGAUCAACUCUGAAGGUGGUACACAAGGGGGCACAUUUGAUUCUCAAAGGGAAAACCCUUUCCAAGAGGCACAACGCCAAGCAGAGGAACGUAGGAGAAGGCGGAGACGUAGAAGAAGUGUGUCCCGUAAUGUGGAAUGUGGUCCAGAAGGCUACCAGCGCCUGGCUGAUUCUACAGAUGAUGAAGAGGAGGAGGAGGAAGAGAAUGAAGAAUCGGCAGUGCAACAACGCAGUGAAGAUAAAAAUGAAGACUCGGGUAAAAAUUAGCAAUUAUUUUAAAGGCUUUUGCAUACUGUUUAUUUGUACUCUGCAUGUAUUAUGUAGUCCAUCCAUUAACGUUUGCUCACAUCCUUUCUUCCCAAAUUCUUUGAAUAAUUAAUGUGACACUUUAUCAUUUGCUUUUAAAUUAUGAUCACCCUCUCAGAACAGAUCUGAUUAAUAUCAGCAGUCUCACUGGAAAGUGAGGAAAUAAGUCUAAUGACCAACUAUAAUUCAUGCCUCUGUUUAACAAACCCUUAGCUGCUUCAUUAUGCUUGUAAUAAUUAAGACAAGAUUUCACACAAAUAUUUUGACAUUUCUGAAAAUUUUAAUUUUUACAUUUAUGUUGAGGUUUCAAACCUCUGUUGUAAGCCUAAGGCAUUCUGUAACAUGCUGGUAUGGUGUAUCAGUUAGCCAAUCAGAGUUCUGAUUUUCAUUCCUUCCCCAUCUUGUAAUAAUUCAGGGAACAGUGUACCUGGGAAUUAUAUCUACACAGCAGCCAUUCAGCAUUUCAAGUGAAGCGACAGAUGCACAAACCAUUGUGCAUUAUUCAGAACUAUACAUCAUGAAAUUUCAAGUAAAGCAGGGGCAGAAAAAUAAGGACAGGAAGUUAGUGUGAGACUGAAUAUGAAUGCCACAAAGUUACUAAUUAAUAUUCCUCGGUCUUUAGCCUGGCCGAAGGCCACACCCUGUGAGUAGAAGAAUUCUCGCAAUUCAUCUGUGAACAAAAUCCUUUGGUAAUCUGAAUUGUUAUAGGUGAACCUCUUCACUCUCCAGACCCCUAAAGUAAAAAAUGCUAACAGUGUCCACAUUUAAAAGAAAAAAUCUUUAAUGGUAAAGAAUCUCCUGAAGUUAAUAACACCAAAAAUUUCAAUUUUGAUGGAAAACUUGUGGGAUUAUGCAGGUGCAAAGUUAAAGGUCUUGGCACAAUUUAUGCAUAAACAAUUUUGCCCACUUUGAGUCCUAUUUUAAGAAAAUUGAUUUGGUAAAUUUAUAUGUAGGCCCUUAUCCCUUUAAGGGUUGGUGCCAUACUUAUACGUCAAAAUUCUAGUGCCUUCAGAUUGAGCGGAAGAAAGCUGGUAGGCCUACACAUGAAAGAAUGGGUCUACAUGGUCAGUGUGCACAGUAUAAGAAAAUAAUGCAGCACACAGUGCAUAAUGAGAGAAAAAACUCCAACAAUGUUUUUGGUUUAAAACAGCAACUUUGCAGUGUAUUUUUGUAUAGCAUUUACGGUUGUAUUCUCAUUUUCUUGGCCUCAUUUGAUAGAAUGGAAGAUAUAUUACAGAAAUAGAGAUGAUUUUGAUUGGUUUCAUGAUGAAAAGUACCUUGAAAUUGAGCUCAAAGUAGCAGAAAUGUUCGAUUUUUUUCCGAUGUUCAAGAGUAAACAAAUCAUGUCAUGCGUCCAAUACACAUCAACUGGUGAGUCUAAUAUUCUUUCACAAGUGCACUGAUAAUAUUUAUACCAUUUUUACAAUAAUGCAGUAGUCUGCAUAACAGUAAAUCUUCUAUUUUUUGUGUGAAUAAAAAUUCAAAAUGGAAAGCAAGAGUAAUAUAAAGGGGGCCUGGAGACAUGACUAAUGAACAGAGAAAAUGUUAUUUUAGUGCCAGGAAUGUCUGCCUUGUUUAUUCUGGACCCUAUUUUGAAAUUGGCAUCUUUUGAAAUUUGUGUGAAAUUGACCAAAUUGCCAAUUUCUGACCACUUUGUUGGGUAGUUGAAAUCAGUAAAUGGGUGGUUUCUUGCAAUCAAUCGAUAGAACAAAUGUAGUUCUAGCGAAAUAUCUAUGAUUUUAGUUGACUGGAACAAUGAAAUUGACUGAAAAUAGGGCUCAAAGUGAGCAAAAUCGCCGAUGCGUAAAUAUCGCCGAUAUCGCUAACUUCACGAAAGUGUAAUUUCAUGAGUUUUCCAUCAAGUUUCGUACUUUUGGUGUCAUUACCGUUGGGAAAAGAUUCUCUAUCAUUUCAUAAGAAAUUUUUUUUUUUUAUCUUUCAACCCUGAGAACAAGUUCAGGAUCGGGGGUCUCGACCCUGAAAGGGUUAAGUAUGUAGCAUGCAUUUCUAAAUCAAGUAGCAGUGAUAGCUGCAGUGUAUGGUGUCAAAACUUAAGUUAUUUUUAACCAAAUAAUUUAAGAAAAAAAUUAAUUUCUUAGAGGUAUUAUGAAUUUAACCCUAAUUUCACCAUAUACAGUAGGGCCCCACUUAUACGGCUG